AGGAAUAUAUACUUUAGGUCGAGAUAAUUCACACAUCGUGUUGGAAACCCUCAAUCCUCUUCCCCUCCUACACCCCGCUUAGACAGAUCUUCAAGCAAACAUGUCCCGCCACCGCAUCAAAUCGCUCGAAUACGACGAAGAUGAUUACGAAGAUGAAGAAUACGACGAAGUGGACCCCGCAGAGCAAGAACAGCUCGAAGCUUACACCAACGAAGUUCUGAGUGAGCUGCGAACUGGCCAGCCGCCGAUCACUGCUACACGAGAAGAGGUCCAGGAAGCUUUAUGGCAUUAUUAUAAUGAUGUUGUGAAAUCGGUCAAUUAUCUUCGAGGCAAGAAGGUAAAAGAGAUUAAGAAAAAGGAAGCUGCACCUACGACAACCAAAUCAAAAGCAACGGUGUCAUCAUAUCCUGCGGACAACACGCAGUCUCCCUUCCAUCAUCCAUGUGCAGUUCCCUUUUCAGCGGCGGACUUUUUCCGUGAUACACCCUGGUUGAAUGUUCCGCAACAUCGAAGAGCAGAUAUACUUGUGGAACCAUUAUAUCCACUGUUGGGUCUCCUCGGUGGUGCGUCGCAAGAGGGCAAGAUGUCUAAACUAGCUGCUCUUGCGGCAGCACGGAAGAAAAGGACGAGCGAGAAGCCUGUCACGGCGGAAGGGCAAGCAUCUACUCCCUCUGAUGAAGCAAAGGCUGCUCCGCGAUCAUUAUCAGAGCGACUCGCGCUGGGUAGCUCCAAAUCAGUUGUGAAAGCGGGAGGGUUAGCUGCAAUCUCUAGAGGGCGCCGUACUGCACUGAAAAAUCCACCAACCAUAUCGGAGCCCGAAGACAAGUCUGCGACUAAAUCAUCUAUCGACAAGGAGAGAGCCGACCAAACAGCGGAAAAGCAGCAGCUUGAGGAAGCCUCUGACUUACGCGCAAGCCCUUCAACAUUUGCAGCAACCAUUGUUGGAAAUGGAACUCACUCUACAACGCCUGAGCCUGGUCAUUUACUCGGCAGCAGCUUUGAUAUUAUGCGUAUCUAUCAACAAGAUGUAACUGAAGCCUUCGAUUUUGCAGGACCUAGCCCCGAUGACAUCGUUUUCAAUGCACAAAGUGCAUCUAAAGGCCUCAAGGCAAAACAGACUGUCGCCAAAGCUUCAGGACACGAUAAUAAGAUGCAGGAUGAUUUGUCGAGUGGCAUGAAAACGUUGACUGUGGAACCGGUUAAAGUGAAGAGUAAAAAUCUUGAUGUUUUGGCAGAGUAUCAAAAGUCGAAGCAGAAAAAGGCGGCGAAUUUUGUCGUUAUUGGGCACGUUGAUGCUGGAAAGAGUACGCUGAUGGGACGGUUGCUGGCUGAUUUAAAAGCUAUUGACCAGAGGACCAUGGAAAAAUAUCAGCGAGAGGCCGACAAAAUCGGUAAAGGCUCGUUUGCUUUUGCUUGGGUUCUGGAUCAGGGCUCAGAGGAACGUGCUAGAGGAGUGACUAUAGACAUUGCCACAAACAAAUUCGAAACUGAUAGUACUCGAUUUACAAUUGUGGAUGCGCCGGGACACCGAGAUUUUAUACCCAAUAUGAUUGCUGGGGCCAGUCAAGCAGACUUUGCGGUCCUUGUUAUUGACGCCGGGACAGGGAAUUUUGAGUCGGGGUUGAAAGGUCAGACGAAGGAACAUGCUCUACUAGUGCGAAGCAUGGGCGUGCAGAAGGUUGUGGUUGCUGUCAAUAAGAUGGAUAUUGUAUCAUGGUCAAAGGACCGGUUUGAGGAGAUUGAGCAACAGAUCUCAUCCUUCUUGACAACAGCCGGGUUUCAAGCCAAGAACUUAUCCUUCAUUCCUUGCUCGGGCUAUCAUGGAGACAAUAUCACUACGCGCAGCAAAGAUGCGAACGCUGCAUGGUAUACUGGUCUUCUCCUUAUCGAGGCACUCGAGACGUCAGAGCCUUUCUCGCAUGCUCUGGACAAACCAUUGCGUAUGACUAUUGGCGAUGUAUUUCGUGGCGGCGUUCAGAACCCACUCUCAAUAUCCGGGCGAAUCGAUGCGGGCUCUUUACAGGUCGGCGACAGUAUCCUCGUUAUGCCUAGUGGGGAGUCGGCCUUGAUUAGGGGACUAGAGAGGGAUGGAGAGCCCGCCGACUGGGCUGUGGCAGGCCAGAAUGUCACUUUGCAUCUUGCGAAUAUCGACGCUGCUCAUCUACGGUCUGGUGAUAUAGUCUGCAGCACCAACUCACCGAUCCAGAAUAUUCAGAGUUUUACGACCAAAGUCCUAGCUUUCGAUCACUUGAUGCCAAUGCAAGUAGACAUCCAUCGAGGUCGACUACAUGUAUCAGGCCGUAUCAGUCGUCUAACCGGCACACUGGAUAAGAGCUCUGGCGCAGUGAUCAAGAAACGGCCCAAGAUCAUUCCGCCCGGCUCGGUUGCAAGGAUAGUUGUGGAAAUGGAUCAGCCGGUGCCUCUUGAGGCCCCUUCGAGGGUUGUGCUACGUGCUGGGGGUAGUACUAUAGCGGCUGGACUUAUAGAGUAGGAAAGCUACAUCGUUUCAUUAUCAAGGUUCUCAGUGUGCAACCAUGAUCACCCAUCCAAAAACCAGAUACCAUUACCCGGCCUCGUUCAAUUUUAUGAGUCACUAC